CGCGCCUCUUAACUUUUCUCCUCUCUCAGAUGUCAGACUUUCUUAAUCUGUCACUUUAGGUGGAGUUCCUUUAAUGGAAAAAGGGAAAAGUGGACACCGCUCCUGUUCUGUUGGGGAGUUUUAUUAACUCUUGUCUGAUUAAUUCGUGACUGAAAAGGCGCCUCUUUUCUCCUCUUUUUGAGCCGAUAGCUGCAGGAGGAUUAAUGUGACAGCGGUGGAGAGGAGCACCACCCAUGCAGCCGCGUCAGGAGCUACAAUGCUAAAAAAAUGUUAGCUUCUGCUGCUACCUGUGGGAACUAUGGUCCAUCAUUCUGAGCUGAAAGCUCCGGCCCACAGAGCGGCGGUGUGAGUGGAACUGUCUCUGGUGUCGCUCCCACGGCGUGGAAGCAGCUUUCGGUCGGUUUUCCCUUCCCGUGUGGCGUGGACGCCCAGCCGUGUCCCAGCAAUGGGGCUCCAGGCGCUGGAGUUCAGUGAGUGCUAUCUGGACAGCCCCAACUUCAGGGAGAAAAUCAAGGCUCAGGAAGCGGAGCUGGACAAAACCAACAGGUUCAUCAAAGAGCUCUACAAGGACGGAAAGAACCUCAUCAAUGCCACCAAACAGCUGGGGUUGGCUCAGCGAAAGUUUGCCCAGUGCCUGGGGGAGUUUCAGUUUGAGUACAUCGGCGAUGCAAAGACAGAUGAUGAAAGAUGCAUUGACGAGUCUUUGCAAGAGUUUUCCUCUUUCCUGAAAAACCUGGAGGAGCAAAGGGAGCUGAUGAUGAGAAACAUCACAGAGACAUUAAUGAAACCCUUGGAGAAGUUCAGGAAGGAGCAGCUGGGCACAGUCAGGGCGGAAAGAAAAAGGUAUGAGAAGGAGACUGAGAAGUACUACGGCUCUCUGGAGAAGCUUCUGAACAUGUCGGCGAAGAAGAAGGAGCCGCAGCUGCAGGAGGCAGACAGCCAGGUGGAAACCAUGAGGCAGCACUUUCAAGAGGAAUCGCUUGAAUAUGUGUGCAAGCUGCAGGAGAUCCAGGAGAGAAAGAAGUUUGAAUGCGUGGAACCGAUGCUGGCCUUCUUUCAGACCAUGUUCACCUUUUAUCACCAGGGAUUUGAGCUUGCCAAGGACUUUGACCACUAUAAAAGAGCGCUGCAGAUCAAUAUUCAGAAUACAAGGAGUCGAUUCGAGGGCACGCGGUCAGAGGUGCAUGAGCUGAUGAAGCGGAUCAAAGACACCCCCCACGAGUACCGCCAGACCAGCCCCAUCAGCUUUGAAGGUUACCUCUACGUGCAGGAAAAACGACCCCCUCCCUUCGGUUCAAGCUGGGUCAAGCGCUACUGUACGUUUGUGAAGGAGCAGAAGAUCCUGCACAUGGUGACUUUUGACCACCGAUCCGGUGGAAAGAUAGGGGAGACGGAGUCCGUCACGCUCAAGUCCUGCAUCCGCAAACCAACAGACAUGUUGGACAGGAGGUUCUGCUUUGACCUGGACAUAACAGACAGGCCCGGGACGGUGCUGACUGUUCAGGCCCUGUCAGAGGAUGACCACAAGCUGUGGAUGCAGGCCAUGGGUGGGAAGGAGCCUGUGAGUCACACACAGCAAAACCGGCUGGUCGAUGCCCAGUUGGAUGAAAUGGGUUUAACUUUUGUGAAGAAUUCAAUCAUUGCAAUAGAGACCAGAGGCAUUAAUGACCAAGGUCUGUACAGAGUUGGGGGAGUAAGCUCCAAGGUCCAGAAGCUUCUGUCAUUGAUGAUUGAUGAGAUGAGUAACGAAGUGGAUCUCUCAGCCAGUGAAGACUGGGACGUCAAGACGAUAACCAGUGCGCUGAAGCUCUACCUGAGGAGCCUACCGGAGCCAUUGAUGACCUAUGGACUGUAUAAGGAGUUCAUCAGCCCUGCAAAGGGCGGCAGUCCCGAGUCUCGCAUCCAAGCCGUCCACUGCCUGGUCCACAAACUACCGGAGAAGAAUCGACUUGUCCUCGGGCUGCUCAUGAAGCAUCUGGCCAAUGUGGCGAUGCACAGCAAACAGAACCUGAUGACCGUCGCCAACCUGGGCGUUGUGUUUGGGCCCACGCUCAUGAGGCCGCAGGAGGACACCGUCGCUGCCAUCAUGGAUCUGAAGUUCCAAAACAUUGUUGUGGAAAUCCUCAUCGAGCACCAUGAGAAGAUCUUUACAGAUACUCCUGAUCUAAGCCUUUCGUCACCCGCCGGCCCCGUCUUAUCUGCUCCCACACGGCAGUCCAAGAAGCUGAGUCGACAGAAUCGGCCUUUAGCCGUCUACAAUCCUCAAGUCCUUGACAUCCAGAACGCAGUGGGAGACUACUCCACCCUGUCAGCAGAUGAAACCUUAACGGGCAGCAAUGAGUCGGUAUCUUCCCAGUCUUCGUCGGCCUCCACCUCAGAGCCGCCUGCAGAGAAGGCAGAUCAUCCAGCCCUCAGCGGCAGCCUCAGCUCAGGCAGCAACUCCAGGUCGCUUCAAGCCUCAUGUUCUACUCUUGGAGCUUCAGGAGAGAAUCCAGCUGCUGCUGCUGCUGACCAGGAGCCCAGCGCCACCUACAGGAAGGCCAAGGCGGUGUACCCGUGUGAGGCCGAGCACGAGUCCGAGCUCUCCUUCCUUGUCGGAGCGAUAUUCAGUAACGUGACUCCAUCAAGGGAGCCCGGCUGGCUGGAGGGGGAGCUGUACGGAAGAAGGGGCCUGAUCCCUGAGAACUACGUGGAGAUGCUGUAGGGGCUGGAGGACGCAUUUAUGGACACUUUGUUUUUCUCACGCUCACCACGGAUGAACAGCAGAGCCUCUGUCAGACGUUCCUACAGAACCAGAGUCUGAUCGACCCGUUUAAGCUGAUGGGUAGAUCUGGUUUUACUUGGUUAUGUGGUAAAGUUUUCACUCUUUAAACGUAUAGGUUUUUGUUCUUCCAAAGUUCUGCUCUAGUCUCUUGGUCGCAGCAGAGACGCGGCGUCUGCCUGAGCUCUCCCUCCUCUGCCCCGUUAUACAUGGUAUCCAUGAGCUCAACGUCAACAGGGGACCCUCAAAAACUCCUCUUCUUCAGCUGUCUGCCUUCAUCACUUAUAGAUUGGAAACACCUGAUUGCCUUGUUCACAUGAUCUGAGUGGUGUACAUCUUUAUACAGCCUACGGAGGACCAGUCCUGCCAUCGUUGUUUUUGUCAAUACUUUCUCUGGUACAUUUUCUUUGAGUUUUAUAAAAAAGGAACUUUUAAGAUAAGAUACAUCAUUAUUAUUAUAAUUCAGAGCGUAAAUGGAUAAAUAUUUUAAAAAUGUAACUGGGUCACUAAAAGAUAAAAACGAGAGAGAUAAUUGCAUGUAAUUGAGCUAUUAGGUAGAAAUAAACAUUGAAUUAACAAACUAAAUAUGUAUAUAUUAUAUAUUUUUGUAUUUAUGCUUCACUCUUGAAAUUUAUAUUUGCACCUAAAUUCUGAUUUACCAUUAUAAUGAAAUAUGGAGAAACAUAUGUAUUUUUCUAAUGUUUUUUUUUUAUAUAUAUAUUUAAAAAAAAGUCCAAUCCAAAUUCGGAGAAAUUAAUAUCAGAGUAUUUUUAAGAAGUAUUGAUAAACUAUUUAAAGAUGGUAAAUCAAGCUUGGGGUUCUUAAAGUAUAUUUGAUAAUUAGUUUAUUAGUUGGGUAAAUAGAUAAAUGUUUUAGAAAUAGUGAAAUAUGAAAAAAGAAAUUGAGGGGAGAGGCAUGUUUUAAGUAUAUUUGUGGUAAUUUAUUCAUAAAUAAAAGGAUCAAAUAAACAUAAGAAAAACUUGAAAAAAAAUUGAAGUCAAUUUUCUUUCUAAUUGAUCCUUUCUAAAAUAAAUACCUCUGUUUGUUAUGCUUAAUGGCUUUUUGCCCGAACAAUUAUUUUUAUGAGUUAUUUUUUUUACGUGUUUGUUACCGUGGCAGGUCUGGUCCUCCGUAGUUUCUGUCUGUCUCCGUUUGGGGUCGGGUGGGGCUCCUCCCAUCUAGAACCGCUUUUCUCCGUCCCAACCAUCAGGAAAACAGCCAUUGAAAUUCCGGCACUACGAUUAAAUGAAAUCGGCACAUUUAUGCAUGAGAUUGAAUUUCCAGCCCACUUUGUUCCGUUUUUGCUUUCAGGACACAGAAACUCGCUGAAUCCCCCCCAGUUUCCUGACGCUUGUUCUUUUUAAACACUAUCGCCAUUCAGGGUCGUCAGACCGAGCAGAACCAAGUGUGUCUCUGUUUCUUAACGUUGCUCCAGUU